AUGGCACCAAUAAGUCAAAUAAAUAAACGACAACCUUUUUACAACGGUGUUAACCUUGAUCAACAACGAUCAAUGUCGAAUGGAGAUAAUAAGAAUUUAUUUGAUGUCAAGUAUAAAGUACUACUACUUGGUGAUACACUUGUAGGCAAGACAUCAUUACAACGUUUUAUUGCUGGUAAAGAUUUUCGGACAGAUAUUGGUGCUACUAUUGGUGUAGAUUUUGUUAAUAAAAUUAUUCCUAUUGAACAAUCUAAAAUUAAUUUACAAAUAUGGGAUACAGCAGGUCAAAGAAAUUUUCGAACAAUUGGCCGAGGUUAUUAUGCAUCAACAAAAGCCUUUGUUCUUGUUUAUGAUGUUACAAAUAUGGAAUCAUUUCGUUUAAUUGAACAUUUUAGUCAAUUAAUUGAACAAACUGGAUUAGAUAUCGAACGUCGAUAUUUAGUAGCUAAUAAAAUUGAUUUAAUUGAAGAUCGAAAAGUUGAUGAAGAAUUAGGUCAACGAUUUGCACUACGAAAUAGUAUGACAUAUUUUGAAACAAGUUGUAAAACAGGUGAAAAUAUUCAAGAUUUUUUUGAACAAAUUGCUUCUGAUCUUGUUCGUCAACAUCAUCCAAAAUUACUGGAAUCUCAUUUACCAAUAUUAAAUAAUUUUGCUUUUAAUUAUCAUGUUCCACCAACAAUUGAUCAUAAAUUAAGUGAAAAAUUACGUAAUGCUAAUAAUCAACAAAUUGAUCACACAAAAAAGAAAAGUAAAUUUAAACGUUCAGAAUUUUUAUUAUUCAAUUCAACGAAUAAAAAAGAAUGUUUUCAUUUUCAUCGUUGUUUUAUUUGUUGUAAUCCAAGAAAAACAACCGAUACUGAAGAUUAA